UAUUAUUCACGUUUUGUUUGCCAUUCAACUAUAUUGGUAAUUUAAAUGUAUACAUGAUCUACGUACAGUUUCUUCUUGCAAUAAACAGUUUUAGAAGUGAUUUCAGGGCUUUUGAUUGAAUAAUGAUUGUUUAAAUCAUGCUAAUGUUUAAAAGUCUUUAUCAUUCAAACUGAAACGCGUCAGAGCAGGUCUCCGUGUGACGACACAGAGCCUACCCGGAAGUGGCUCACCGAGCUGAAACCGGCUCAGCAGAUGGUUAACGUUCAUCUGACACUUCUGAGAGGACUAGAACAUGUUUACAAGCUCUUCGUGGACCUCGUGAAGAAGUCCUCCUGACCUCCGGAUGGCCCCGUGGAGGAGGAAGGCCGACGGGACGGGGGAACGCGCUUCCGAGGCGGACACCACCGUCCCCACCCCCACCCAGAAGCACAGUAUCUGCAUGGUGUCGGACUUCUUCUACCCCAAUAUGGGCGGGGUCGAGAGCCACAUCUACCAGCUGUCGCAGUGCCUGAUGGAGAAGGGCCACAAGGUGGUGAUCGCCACGCACGCGUACGGCCGCCGGAAGGGCGUGCGCUACCUGACUGGCGGGCUGAAGGUGUACUACCUGCCCCUGCAGGUGUUGUACAACCAGUCCACCGCCACCAGCUGCUUCCACAGCCUGCCGCUGCUGCGCUGCGUGUUCGUGAGGGAGGCGGUCACCGUGGUGCACGCCCACAGCUCCUUCUCCGCCAUGGCCCACGACGCCCUGUUCCACGCCAAGACCAUGGGUCUGAACACGGUGUUCACUGACCACUCCCUCUUCGGCUUUGCGGACAUGAGCUCGGUCCUGACCAACAAGCUGCUGACGGUGUCGUUGUGCGACACCACCCACAUCGUGUGCGUCUCCUACACCAGCAAGGAGAACACGGUGCUGCGGGCGGCGCUGGACCCCCGCAUCGUCUCCGUCAUCCCCAACGCCGUGGACCCCACCGACUUCACCCCCGACCCCGCCCGGGCCCCCAGGGGCCGCAUCACCGUGGUGGUGAUCAGCAGACUGGUGUACCGCAAGGGCAUCGACCUCCGGGGCAUCAUCCCGGAGCUCUGCCUCAGACACCCCGACCUUGACUUCCUGAUCGGGGGGGAGGGGCCUAAGAGGAUCGUCCUGGAGGAGGUGAGGGAGAAGUACCAGCUGCACGACAGGGUGCGCCUGCUGGGGGCCCUGGAGCACCGGGAGGUGCGGGACGUCCUGGUGCAGGGGCACAUCUUCCUCAACACCUCCCUGACCGAGGCCUUCUGCAUGGCCAUCGUGGAGGGGGCCAGCUGCGGCCUGCAGGUGGUGAGUACCCGUGUGGGGGGGAUCCCCGAGGUGCUCCCUGAUGACCUCAUCCUGCUGUGUGACCCCACCGUGCGCUCGCUGAGCGACGGGCUGGAGGCCGUGAUUGGCCGGCUGCGGCGCGGCGCCGUGGCCUCACCCGCCGCUGUGCACGCCCGCGUGAGGAGCCUCUACACCUGGAGGGACGUGGCGGAGCGCACCGAGAAGGUGUAUGACCGGGUGUGUGUGGAGGAGGUCCUCCCGCUGGCCGGCCGGUUGCUCCGCCUCCGGGACCACUGCGGGGGCGUGGCCGGCUCCAUCUUCGCCUUCGUCGCCGUCCUCAACUUCCUGUUCCUGCUGCUGCUGCGCUGGCUGGUCCCGGACCAGGGCAUGGACCGCGCCCUGGACGCCAGCGGGCCCCGGGCGCUGUGGGGGCCCCCGCAACGGGACCCACCAGCAGAGGAGGCUGGAGAGGGCUCCCAACCGCAGAGGCACCCCUGGUCUGAUGGGGCCCCUACAGCAGAGGGACCCCUGGUCUGAUGGGGCCCCUACAGCAGAGGGACCCCUGGUCUGAUGGGGCCCCUACAGCAGAGGGACCCCUGGUCUGAUGGGGCCCCUACAGCAGAGGGACCCCUGGUCUGAUGGGGCCCCUACAGCAGAGGGACCCCUGGUCUGAUGGGGCCCCUACAGCAGAGGGACCCCUGGUCUGAUGGGGCCCCUACAGCAGAGGGACCCCUGGUCCGAUGGGGCCCCUACAGCAGAGGGACCCCUGGUCUGAUGGGGCCCCUACAGCAGAGGGACCCCUGGUCUGAUGGGGCCCCUACAGCAGAGGGACUUCGGUCGUCUUCAUGAACACUGGAUUGUUUCCAUGGAGGGACACACAAGGUCCCCCCAGAGGGGCCCCUCCGGUCUCGGGGGGGGGGGGGGGGGGGGGGGGGCUCCAGGUCUCCAGGGGGCCCCUCCAGGGCCACAGGCCUUUAGGGUCUGGCAGCGUUGGACUUAUCUGCACCAAGAUGGUUAACCCCUACAGACUGGCCAGAUGUUUAACCCCUACAGACUGGCCAGAUGGUUAACCCCUACAGACUGGCCAGAUGGUUAACCCCUACAGACUGGCCAGAUGUUUAACCCCUACAGACUGGCCAGAUGUUUAACCACUAGAGACUGGCCAGAUGUUUAACCCCUACAGACUGGCCAGAUGUUUAACCACUAGAGACUGGCCAGAUGUUUAACCACUAGAGACUGGCCAGAUGUUUAACCACUAGAGACUGGCCAGAUGUUAGGGCGCUGUGACCAGCGGCCGGUGAUCUCUGGCCUCCGCUCCGAGAGGGUCUGACUGCCUUCUAAGGACGCUGAUGUUUGAUUUGCACCCUAACGAUCGACGGCCCCCGGGCACACACAUGCUAAUCAGGACCCCUUGACUCAGCGCUCUGGGGCGGAGGAACAGAUUAGAAUGCUAAUCAGGAUGUCUUUUUGUAAAUGCUUUUGGCACAGUGAAAGUAUAUUUCUAUAAAUAACAUUUCCUACCAA